AUGUUGUUCGCUCUCGCAGCACUGGUUUUCUUCCAUGCAUACGUCGCCGUUCAAGGUUUAAAGAACCCUCUACCCGUUGAGUCAAAAGAUACCUUUGAGACUCUCAACUCUCUCUACAGCGACAAUCUGGAGUGGAGCGAUGAGUGGGCGAAAAAGGCAUUGGAAUAUUUAAAGUCGAAAAACAGUGUGAAGGCUGACUUGGUUAUCAAAGGAAAGAAGUCCUUCCCAGUGGAUGAUACACAGUUACUAUGGCAGAAGGUGCUUGCAUUCCUAGAGCCCCGUUUCGACAAAAAAGAAAAAGCGCUCGAACGUCUUCCCAAAGGGACCGUCUACGGAUGCAACGGUUUCAUCAACAAAAAGGGAAACAAGGACAUCAUUUCCGCUGCCUGUUUGUACAAAAAACCUUGA